AUGUGUAACACUUGGACAGCCUUUUCGGUUCACGAUGGCCUUUGUGCUAGUCCCUUCAGUUCGCGAAGGGAAAUGCUGUUUUCGUCGUACACGUUCCGAGGUUCAUUUCGUGCAGUGGAAAGCCUUUUUGAGGCGUGCAGGAUUCGAACCCCCUGUUGGCGGCAUGAGUGCUCCUCUCCCCGUCAGCAGCACUCGCGGUACCCCAUGAUGGGGCGCGUGGGAGGCAUGGGUCGCGUGGGAGGCAUGGGGCGCGUGGGAGGCAUGGGGCGCGUGGGAGGCAUGGGGCGCGCGCAUAAUGCUCUUAACACAGCCUACAGGCAAAAUGACGCCUCGCAAUGGCGCGUCGCAAAAUGGCGCCGCGCAAAGGCGCCUCGCAAAGUGCCACCUCCUGAUGGCGCCGCGACUGGCGCGUCACACGCCCACUCGUCGUUAUCACAGUCAAAACACACUACUGGAAGCAUCGGGAGACCCGUCACCCAUUGCGGAACCCACCUAGAGAGCAGCGCUUCUGGUGCUCGGCUUCUGGUGCUCGGCUUCUGGUGCUCGGCUUCUGGUGCUCGGCUUCUGGUGCUCGGCUUCUGGUGCUCGGCUUCUGGUGCUCGGCUUCUGGUGCUCGGCUUCUGGUGCUCGGCUUCUGGUGCUCGGCUUCUGGUGCUCGGCUUCUGGUGCUCGGCUUCUGGUGCUCGGCUUCUGGUGCUCGGCUUCUGGUGCUCGGCUUCUGGUGCUCGGCUUCUGGUGCUCGGCUUCUGGUGCUCGGCUUCUGGUGCUCGGCUUCUGGUGCUCGGCUUCUGGUGCUCGGCUUCUGGUGCUCGGCUUUUGGUGCUCGGCUUCUGGUGCUCGGCUUCUGGUGCUCGGCUUCUGGUGCUUGGCUUCUGGUGCUCGGCUUCUGGUGCUCGGCUUCUGGUGCUCGGCUUCUGGUGCUCGGCUUCUGGUGCUCGGCUUCUGGUGCUCGGCUUCUGGUGCUCGGCUUCUGGUGCUCGGCUUCUGCUUCUCCCUUCUGCCCCGCAUACCUUGCGCUUUCCCCUUUCCCCUCCCACCUUUCCUCCCUCCGCGCUGCCAUCCGGCGCUGCUGGGAAUCCAGGAAGCCUCAAGAGCGACCAAGCCUGUGGCAGGCCUCCACCUCACCACAGCCUGUGGCAGGCCUCCACCUCACCCCAGCCUGUGGCAGGCCUCCACCUCACCACAGCCUAUGGCAGGCCUCCACCUCACCACAGCCUGUGGCAGGCCUCCACCUCACCACAGCCUGUGGCAGGCCUCCACCUCACCCCAGCCUGUGGCAGGCCUCCACCUCACCCCAGCCUGUGGCAGGCCUCCACCUCACCACAGCCUGUGGCAGGCCUCCACCUCACCCUGUCCCUUUUCUGCCCCUCAUACUUGCGCGUACCCCUUUCCCCUCACCCCUUUCCCGACCUAGAAGCCUCAAGCGACCAUCCCUGUGCCCGGCCUUCACCUCACCUCGCCCCUCCACCUCGCCCCUCCACCUCGCCCCUCCACCUCGCCCCUCCACCUCGCCCCUCCACCUCGCCCCUCCACCUCGCCCCUCCCCCUCGCCCCUCCCCCUCGCCCCUCCCCCUCGCCCCUCCCCCUCGCCCCUUGACCUCACCCUGUCCCUUUUCCCUGCCACCUCUCCAUCUGUUUUCUAUACGCCUCAAAUACUUCUCCCUUCUCAUCUUCAUACCUCGCCUCGCACACUUUCCUGUCCCUUUUCCCCUCCCCCUGCCACCUCUCCUUCUGUUUCUCCCUCCCUGUUUCCUUCCGGUGCUGCUGGAAAUUCAGGAAGCUUCAAGCGCCCGAGCUUGUGCUGGGGUUCUACUUGCUCUCCCCUUCCUCUCCUCGCACAUUUCCUCCUUCCGCAUGCCUCAAGUGACAAGCCUCCUGCGGCCUUUGCUUGCUGUUUCCUUCUCCUCCUCUCACGUCACCACCUCCCACCCCUCCCUGCGGCCAUCAGGAGCUGCGCAUACUGGAGGCCUCAAGAGAGCUGCCCUCUGGGGCCUCAACGUGCUGUCCUCUCUCGUAACCACCUCCCACCACCUCCCAAACCUCUCUCGCUCCUCCCUGUGGCCAUCAGGAGCUGCGCAUACUGGAGGCAUCGAGGGAGCUGUCCUCUGGGGCCUUUACGUGCUCUCCUCUCUUAUCACCACCUCUCACCACCUCCAAAACCCUCCCACCCCUCCCUACGCCAUCAGGAGCUGGGAAUACUGGAGGCAUCGAGGGAUCUGUCCGCCUCGCAAGAGUGCAAGCCCACAACCCCGCGCAGCGAGGUGA